AUGAUGGAGGAGGACCGGGUAUACAACGAGCUUAGGGAGGAGGCACCGAUGCCAGAGUCGGUAGGAGAAGAGGCAUCCACAGGACUUGGAGGGGAAGAACCGCAGGUACCAUGGCAACGACUGCUCGACGAGCUGAUGCCAAACGAUCAGGUGGACGAGGCGCUGAUGGAGUCACACAUGUCGGAACAACUGACACCGGAAACGCCAACGGAAGUGAACUCGGCCACCGAAGCGUCAACUCCAGAGACACCAACCACGGGGAUGAUUCCUGAUACACCGAGACGACCCCCUCAUUGGCUACAAUCCACAGCCACCCAGACCAAGCUUCAGCGAUCUCUCCACACGUGGAGACUGGAAAACGAAAUCGCAGACUAUUCGAUGAAUCGCGAGGAGAUUCGCCGGUUUGGGGGGCUCGAGACUCGGAGAUUCCUCAUGGGCCCGAGCCUCCCUCCACCAAUGGAUGCUGAGGCUUGGAUCGAGGCGGACGUCCAUGGCGACGCGCCCGACUCGGCCAAGGUCAACGCCUUGCUUGUGCCACAGAAUCGUCUUCAGCUGGUCCGCUUCAACGACGACAUUAGAGAGAGAGACAUUAACGAGACUUCUACAGCCGAAGAAAUGGCCCGAAUGACGAUGCCGACGCCGUACGAGACGUGGAAAAUGGAAAAGGAGUGUGUCGAUCUCAGGGAGGCCUUGGGCAUCAUGAUGCAGAACUUUGGCGAGGACGAGCGCGUAAGAGACCACCGCGCAAGGAUGUGGAGUCGGUCUGCCAAUAACCGGAUAGACAUGUUUCGCUCUCGUGGCUACGGAAGCAGCUUUAGAGAAGUCAUUUCCAUCGACGAGGAGUGGCCCGAGGAGGACUGGGCCAGUGCGGGACUUGUGCGGCCGGAUGCGUCCUUUGUCGAGAGAUUUGAGGCAAAGAUGAGGAUGCGGCCGGUUCUGGUGCGUGGAAGGAGGCGUGAACCAUGUUAG